AGCCGCAGACCAUUUACGCCAUUAGCAGGAGCCAACCUGGCCACCACCCAUCACUUCCAUUCCCACAGCGCAAGCCUGUAAAGUGUUAAGCGCCUGGCUUCGCUCUGCUCUAUUUAACCAUCACACUGGCUGACUCCGGCGUUGCAUCGCCACCCAAGCCUAAGAAACCACACAGCUCAAGGAAGCUCUUGUUUGUUAGUCAUGGCGAUGGCGCUCGGUAAGCUUGCGGUGGCCGCGUUGGUGGCGUCUCUCCUUCUGCUCAGCACCAUCAAGGCCGCCGACUUCCCUGCUCCAGCUGCUGCUCCGCUCGGCCCCCCUCCCCACAACAUCGUAGACCCCUCUAAAGACUGCGGGUGGGCGUGCAACCUGCGGUGCAGCGCCAACUCGCGGCAGAACCUGUGCAGCCGGGCGUGCCUCAAGUGCUGCAGUGUGUGCCGCUGCGUGCCGGCGGGCACGGCCGGCAACAAGGAGACCUGCGGCAAGUGCUACACCGACUGGACCACGCACGGCAACAAGACCAAGUGCCCCUGAAUAUCUUCGGCCGGCUUAAAUAUCUUAGUAGAGUAGCUAAGAUUUGCUCGUGGUUGUCGUUAGCGGUACCGGUGGCCUUCGUGAUUUCGUCUUGGUGUGGAAGGAACGGUGUUGACUAGCACUAGCUAGCUGGUGAACCCGGUGUGUGUUCUUGUGUAAAAAGUAGUGGUGGUGUGUGUUCUCGUCCCGUAGUUCGGCGUAUUUCUCGUGUAAUAAAGCCCAUCCGGCGGUUUAUGUGAUGAAUGCGUCUCCCUCUCCUUCGGAAAUGAAAUUUGGCGCUUCGUGAAAAA